GCUGCCGUUGGAAGGAGGAGAGGGACCGCGUUGGGGGUCACAAACCCCUCCACGAUGUCCGCACCCGGUGGGGCUUCCGAGGGGACGACCCUCCUCCUGAUCCUCUGGGUUUCCAUUGCGGGAUCAGCUCAGCCACAGGUCAGCUUGUCUCCAGAACACAUCAUCAUCACCAAUGGCUCGGCAGGCUUUCUGAGAUGUGAUGCAACUGGAUUUUAUCCUCAGGAAAUCCUGUUCAGAUGGGUCAAGGUAUCCCACGGAAGGGAGACGGAUAUUAUUCCAUCAGAUUUCAGCACGGAGUAUAAAGGUACCAACAGGGAUGGAACAUUCAGUGUUUCCAGCCAGUUGAGGAUCAGACCAAACCUGGACGACGAUGGUAAUAAGUACAUGUGUGUCGUGACACACAGAACACUCAGUUAUAAUAUUGUACGAGAGGCAAAGCUGAAUGUGGAGGAAUCUACUAUACCAUGGCCAAUUGUUGGAGGUGUCGUUGGUGGCGUAUCUUUGGUAUUGUUGCUUGUUUUAGUACUUUGGUGUUGCUGCAAGAAACAAAUUAAAGGGACCAAGAAAGGAGUUCCUCCUCGGAUCAGUGAAUUGAGAAAACCCGACCAGUUUAAGCAUGGUGUGGCGUCUCGUAUGAACUGGGAAGUUACUGGGUUCAUCCCCCGGAUGAUAACCAUUACUUUAUUAGUGAGGAGAAAAGGAAAGGAACCACAGCCAUUAUAUGAGUGGAAUUUGAAAAAUAAUGAAGACCCACUAGAAUAUGACGAGAAAGGUCUUCUCUUAAACUCGUCAUAUGUACUGGAUGGGAAUAAUAAAGAAGACUCCAUUACUGCUGCAAUCGCAAAGUGCGUUAAGCAGGAUGACGGGACGUUCAGUUUGAAGAGCACAAUAACAAUCUGUCCUGACGCAUCCGAGGAUGACGGUGCUGAAGUCACAUUGAAAGUUCAACACGAGACCCUUGGGAAGCCACUCACUUCAUCUGUGAAGUUAGUCAUUGCCAGAGUUCCUCCUCGGAUCAGUGAAUUGAUCAAACCCAAGCAGUUUAUGCAUGGUGUGGAGUCUUGUAUGAACUGGGAAGUUACUGGGUUCACCCCCCGGAUGAUAACCAUUACUUUAAUACUGAGGAGAAAAGGAAAGGAACCACAGACAUUAUAUGAGUGGAAUUUGAAAAAUAAUGAAGACCCACUAGAAUAUGACGAAGAAGGUCUUCUCUUAAAUUCAUCAUAUGUACUGGAUGGGAAUAAGAAAGAAGACUCCAUUACUGCUGCAAUCGCAAAGUGCAUUCAGCUGUUUGACGGGACGUUCAGUGUGAAGUGCACGAUAACAGUCUGUCCUGACGCAUCCGAGGAUGACGGCGCUGAAGUCACAUUGAAAGUUCAACACGAGACCCUUGGGAAGCCACUCACUCCAUCUGUGAAGUUAGUCAUUGCCAGAGUUCCUCCUCGGAUCAGUGAAUUGAGCAAAACUGACCAGUUUAAGCAUGGUGAGGAGUCUCGUACAGGCUGGGAAGUUACUGGGUUCACCCCCCGGAUGAUAACCAUUACUUUAAUAGUGAGGAGAAAAGGAAAGGAACCACAGCCAUUAUAUGAGUGGAAUUUCAAAAAGAAUGAAGACCCACUAGAAUAUGAUGAAAAAGGUCUUCUCUUAAACUCAUCAUGUAUACUCAAUGGGAAUAAGAAAGAAGACUCCAUUACUGCUUCAAUCUCAAAGUGCGUUCAGCUGGAUGAUGGGACGUUCAGUGUGAAGGGCAUGAUAAUAAUCUGUCCUGACGCAUCCGAGGAUGACGGCGCUGAAGUCACACUGAAAGUUCACCAUGAGUCCCUUAAGAAUCCACUCGCUUCAUCUGUGAAGUUGGUCAUUGUCGGAGUUGCUCCUACGGUGACUGAAAUUGACUUGCGUCCCGAGAUUAAACAUAGUGAAGUGGCCAGUCUGAGUUGGUCAGUCACCGGCUUCACUCCAAAGCCCAUUUCCAUUGUUUUCUUGCUGAAGAGGAAAGGGGAGCUGAAAGAGAAGAGGCUGUUUCACUGGCGUAUCCCAGAGAAUGGAGGAAUAGAUGACGAAGCAAAGAUGGGGAGCACUGCUCUCACAGACGUGAGGGAUCGCUGUGAAGAAGAUGACGCCAUCACUACUGUGACACCCCACUGUGUGAGGAAGAACAAUGGGACAUUCAGUGUAAACUGCAGCAUUUGGAUGACUGCUGAUAUGUGCAGGGAUGAUGGAGCUGAGCUAAUUGUCGAAGUGUAUCACAAGGCUCUUAAGACUCCUCUCACUAAAACUAUGGCAUUACAUGUUACAGGAGUUCCUCCCCAAAUCACUGAAAUCAAGAAACCCUCUGAGAUCACGCCCGGGGAGCUGGCCAGCCUGAGCUGGGCAGUUGUUGGCUUCAGCCCACGGGCCAUCUCCAUUGUUACCUUUGUGAAAAGGAAAGGGGAGCAGAAGAAAAAGAAAGUCUUUCAUUGGCGGAUCCCAAAGAAAGACGGGGAACCACAGGAAGCUAAGACGGCCAGUGUUCCCCUCGAAAAUGUCACAGAGGGCUGUGAGGAAGAUGGCUCCUUCACUGCUGUGAUGCCCCACUAUGUGCGGAAGAAUAAUGGGAUGUUCAGUGUAAACUGCAGCGUUUGGAUGUGUGCUGACCUAUCUAAGGAUGACGGAGCUGAAUUAAUGGUUGAGGUUGUCCAUGAGGCCCUCAAAGUGCCUCUUAUUGGGUCUGUAACAUUACAAGUUACAGAUGGUGGAAAUUAAGACUUCCAGCUGCCAGAUGUAUAGUUUGUGAGGAGAGCGCGAUGGCCAGUCUCUCCUCUGGUUACACAAAGGACACAUCCACUGAGUGUUCGCAACAGCCACGGUCAUCGUCACAGCUUUUGAUUCUGACAACCACAAUACUGAUCAGCUUUGAUCAGUCGCUGAUCAGUGAUUAACAGUAUCAUCAUUCUAGAAUGAUAGAGAAUAUGCUAUGAAGAUUUUUACACUUGAAAGUCCUUUUUCCACUGUAAUCAAACGUAGAUGUCUUUGUCCACAUGUGAUCAGAAAUAGAUUUGGGAGUGCUUGAUAACAACAACAACAACAAAAUUACAUUUGUAUAGCGCCUUUCAAUAAUGGUUGGUUCAAGGAAGGGGCUUAUUCUACAUGUUAAAUUAAUUGCUGUGAAUGUCAGGAUACCUAAUGAGUCUAAUAAAAAUAACAGCUAAUAUGCCAAAUCUUAUUGAAACUAAUACUACAAAAUGUGACAGAUUUUGAGUCGUCAAAAGAUUAUUGACUUGUAAGUACCUGAGGUGUUUAGGAGGGAGAUAGAUAGGUGCUUGGGAAGUAAACUAUCAAGGGGUAUUGGUAAAAAUGGGGAAAUGGAGCCUGCCCAUUAUGGAAACAACAGGUGCAGUUUGGGGGAAAUUAAUCAAUGAAUAAUUUUGCCAAUGGUGCAAGUCGACGUCAUCAUUUUCUGUUCUGUAACAUGCUUCAGUAACUAACAUUAAUAAACAUUAAAUAUUGAAA